CAAAACGUUAUUUGUAAUUUAAGUAUUAUAUUUUAUCUUUAAAUUAUAUAAUAGGAGCAAGAAAUCACACACUUGAUGUUUCACCACACCCAGCAUUUGUAUGUACCCUUUAAUAAAGCAAUGUCAUAGAGUUUCAAGAACCUCACUUUCUUAUUACUCCUACCUCAUAGACCACUGUUUCUCAUUGAAGUCUUUGAGUUUCGCAAGAAUUACUCAAGCCCAGUUGAUAAAAGUUGGGUUGAAUAGACAUACUUUUCUAGGUAAUCGGUGCCUUGAUUUGUACUCUCAGUUUGGCAAUGUUAGUGAUGCUUUGAAAGUGUUUGAUGAUAUAAGUAGCAAGAAUACUGUAUCCUGGAAUAUAUGCUUGAAGGGGUUGUUGAAGUUUGAUAAUUUGAGUUUGGCAUGUUCCGUGUUCGAUGAUAUGCCUGAACGAGAUGUUGUUAGUUGGAAUUCUAUGAUUUCAGGCUAUGCUUCACGUGGGUAUUUUGAUUGUGCAUUGGAAACUUUUUGGGAAAUGCAAAAGUUGGGUGUGAGACCAAGUGAGUUCACGUACUCAAUUCUAAUGUUUGUGGUGUUCGGGGUUCGACAUGGAAAGGAAAUUCAUGCUAGCAUUGUUCGGAGUGGUUUGGGUGCAUUGAAUGUGGUGCUCGGAAAUUCUUUAAUUGACAUGUAUGGGAAGUUUGGUUCUUUAGAUUAUGCUCUUGGUGUGUUUUUGACAAUGGAAGAGUUAGAUGUUAUCUCUUGGAAUUCGUUGAUGUCGGUAUGUUGUAAAUCAGGAUAUCCAGAGCUGGCAUUGGAUAAGUUCUGUAUAAUGAGAUCCUUAGGGUAUGCACCUGAUGAGUUUUCAGUUUCUGUAGUGAUCACUUCCUGUUUGAAUUUGCGAAAUUUGGAGAAGGGUAAGCAGAUUUUUGCUGUGUGUGUCAAAGUGGGAUUUCUUUGUAAUACCAUUAUAUCAACUGCCACAAUUGACCUGUUUUCCAAAUGCAACAGAUUGGAGGAUUCAGUUCGGCUUUUUGAAGAGCAAGAUCAGUGGGAUUCUGCAGUUUGCAAUUCCAUGAUUUCAAGCUAUGCACGGUGUGGGUUUCGGGAGGAUGGUCUCCGACUUUUUGUGCUAACCUUGAAGAAGGAUAUUAGGCCUACCGAGUUCACACUAAGCAGUGUUCUACACUCCACUUCCAUUCUUAAGUUGGAGCAAGGAACUCAGUUCCAUUCCUUGGCUGUGAAAUCAGGUUUGGAGUUGGAUGCUAUUGUUGCCAGCUCGCUGGUGGAGAUGUACAGCAAAUUUGGUUUCAUUGACAGUUCUAUAAAAAUCUUUAAUAAGAUGAUUGUGAGAGAUUUGAUAGCCUGGAAUACCAUGAUUAUGGGUUUGACUCACAAUGGUAGGGUGUUCGAGGCCCUGCAAACCUUCAAGGAACUACUUAGGAGAGGUCUGACACCAGAUCGAAUAACACUAGCUGGAGUUCUGUUAGCCUGCAGCUUUGGGGCUUUUAUCGUUGAAGGAAUGACCAUAUUUUCAUCCAUGGAGGAAAGGUACGGGGUUAAACCUAGCAAUGAGCAUUAUGCUUGCUUUGUGGACUUGUUGUGUCAAGCUGGUAGGCUUGAUGAAGCGUUAUAUGUUGCAGAAUCAAUGCCUUAUGAGCCUGUUUCUUUAGUCUGGGAAUCAAUACUUCAUGCCUGUUUGAUUCAUGGAGACCUAAAACUCUCGGAAAGAGUAGCCGAGAGGUUGAUGGAAUUGGAACCGCAGUCAUCUCUACCUUAUUUGGUACUGGCUCGGAUGUUUGAAAUAAGGGGUCAAUGGGAAGGUGUGGUUCGAGUUAAGAAAGCCAUGAAAAGGGGAAAGGUGGAGAAGGUGAUUGGAUGCAGUUGGAUUGGAGUAAAAAACCAAGUAUAUACUUUUACGGCAGACCAAUUACAGCAUCAUAGAGGCAAAGAGAUUUACCUGGUAUUGGGAUUACUGAAUUGGGAGAUGGAGGCUAAAGAUUGUUUGCAGUAGCAUGAUAAGAUGAGAUGCGGAGUUCUCUUCCACGGAGACACCACGUUAGAAUUCUGAGAUUCUCAAAGUACGGUUAUACUUGUGGAUGUCUCUGUCUCAAACCCAUAUAUGCUCACCUGAAACCGAUUCUUCAAGAUUCUGGUAUGGUUUACUUCGUACUCAAAGUGUUCUUAUCAAUUGCUCUUUUUCUUUGAAGAAAGCAAAACAACUACAUGGAAAAAAUGCGUUUCCUGAAGGGCUAUUGAACUCCUGGUCUCAAAUGGAGCUUACCUGAGGUGAUGGGAUAACGAACCAUGUAUCUUCUCAAGUGGUUACAUUGUUUCGUCAACACAGAGACUGCCAUUUAUUUCCAUGAAUUAGCUUGUUCUGAGCAACCAAAACUUAAACGUAUGAAGUUAAAAUAACAACUUUUCAUCAUUUUUUCUA